AUGAACGACAUUGCAGAAAGAUCUGUCGCCUCAGUUGAAGGACAACAAUUUGAGCAGAGAAGAAGUGAAGUUAGAGCGAUUGAGCUUUUGUGGGCCAGACUGAACGACGAGCAGAAACGCGAGUUUGAACAGAAGCGUGAGGAUGAGAAGAGAAAAACUCCAGACACAAGCGAUGCAAUGGCGCAAAGCAUCAUUACUGAAAGUAAAGAACUCAGGGUUGAGAAAGAGAAACGCGAGGCUAAAAUCAAGAGAUACGCUCGGGUUACCGCUAGUGAAGGAAACAAACUGAAAGAUCAGAAAAAGAGAGCCUUGGAAGGAGUGAAUAAACUCGUGGAUGAGCCCGCUUUGGAGGAGAAUGAACUUGAUAAUGGCAAACAAAAAAUACUCUCUGAUAGAAUAAAACUAGUCGCAGAAAAUGCUGCUGAAUUGCAAAAAAUCCGAAACGAAGAUCAAGGACUCGAGGAGAGAAUGAAUCAGAUUAUGGAAAUUGACAGUGCUGAAGGUUUGGAAGAACUCGAGAUCAUGAACAAGUUUUAUGAGCACCAAAUCAUCAGACUUCAGAAUAUGAACAGAAGAUACAGGGAGAGAAAAGAACUUGGGGAGACGAUAAACAGAGCUGUUGUUGAUGUUGAUGUUGAAGGAGUACAGGAGCUCAAAAACCUACGCAAAUUAGAUGAUUACAAGACCAAAGAAGUUGUGGAUGAGGAAAGCAAUUAUAUAGAGCGGGUGGAAAGCCUUGUGGAUCGCAAGAAAAGAACCGAGGAUGGAAAGCAAGAGACAAACUAA